AUGUUCAUCGGCCAAUCUUCAAAUGGAGAUUUCACUGUGGAUGGAAAGGAAGUUAUUGAUUUCUUGGAAGGGGACAUUCAGAGAUCCGUUGUGAAUGACGUGCCUUCAAUUACUUUUUGGGAUCAAAUUCAUCAAAUCCUUAUUCAGGGUAUGGAUAACAUUGUGAUCUUAAAACUACUAGGUCGUAACAUUGGUUUUUCAGUUUUGCAGAACGAAAUUUACAGCAUGUGGAGACCUUCAGGCCCUAUUCACAUGAUGGACAUUGAAAACGGAUAUUUUCUAGUCAAAAUCCAUAACAAACUAGAUUGUGAUAAGGCUCUCUCUGAAGGACCGUGGACUAUUUUCGGCCAAUAUUUGACUGUUCAGCCUUGGACGAUGGCUUUUGACCCUACGCAGGCUUACCCAAGUGUAGUGAUGGCAUGGAUUAGACUCCUUGCUCUUCUUAGUUAUCUAUACAACCGUAAAAUCAUUACAGAAAUUGGAGAACUUGUGGGCAAAGUGGUAAAGUUAGAUAUGAAUACCAAUAGCAGGACGAGGGGACAGUUCGCUAGAAUGGCGGUGUAA